CAUCCACAGGAUGGAACUUGUGUCGCAUGAGGCCGGAUCUCGUGAGAGCUUAUGCUUCGCUUGGAAUUCCCUUCGGAGGAUUUAAACGUCCCACGGAAGAAGGAUUCUACGGGAAUCGCUUUGGUGUACCUGGGCGAGCUGAGAAAGACUUCGCUCGAUUCGACGCCGCCACCGUGCUCAAGAACAUCUACAUGCUCUUUUGCCGGUUCGCCGGGCCAGACGAGGAGAUAAUGGACUUGGUCACCACCUCGGACCCCAUCCCGAGCUGGCUCACCGAGGAGUUCAUCAAAGUCCAGUCCGAGCUCUACGAGAAGUCCGGCUUCGAGUGCCCGCUGUGCUUCACAUAUUGCGAUCGCAUGAGGGCGUUUGAGCUCAUGGCUCCCUGGAUCAACAUGCCAGUAACGAGCCGCUGCCUCUACAUCACCGGCAAAGAUGACUACGUGCGCAAAUUCCCUGGACUGGACGAGUACGUGACCGGCGGUGGAAUGAAGCGAGACGUGCCCAACCUCGUUGACGUUGCUGUUCUUCCUGGCGGCCAUUUCGUGGAGGAAGACUCGCCCGAGGAAGUGAACUCCUUGCUCAUACGCUUCUUCAAAGAGUAAAGCAUGAUCGCCGGACAGCCUCGUACGAUACCACGCUGCUACUGACCUGAGCAGCAUGCUCUCAUUGUAGAGCCGGCAGAA